UGCACCUUAAAGUUGCUUGUGAUCCGCCAUAAUAGAAAAGAAGAAGAAGAAGAAGAAGAAACGACUGUCACAGAUAUUUUGAAUCUAAGUUACUUAAAAUUAUUUAGCGAUGGUACGAACUUGCUGUGUUAUUGGAUGUAAUGUCCAAUCACACAACCGAAACGGUAAAAAGAUGGAAAACUGACUUUCGUUUCACUGUUUUCUGCCUGUAAACAACGUGAGGAGGCUAAGCUAACGGAGCUAAGCUAUCGGAGCUAAUGAAAAGGAGACAAAUGUCCUGUGUAUCAGCGGUGAGAUGUCCUGAUGUUACGUUCCCCAAGAUCCCAAGUUAUCUACGAGUUUGCUCCAGACAUGUCCAUUCUAGCAAACCAUCCAUCCAUCCAUCAUGUGUUCAGUUGGAAGUGGCUGUUUUCUCUCAUUUAAUCAUUUAAUGUGGUAAACAUUCAUGAAACGUUUGAUUCAAGCUCUUCAAGUUGCAUGUAAACAGAUGUUGACUUUCAGCAUAUGGAGUCACAAUUUGGUUCAUCCUGCAUCUCUAUGAGAGGAUGUUUUCUGUUCCAGACAAGUUUCAUCCUCAUUCUGCCUUUGACAAUGAUAUCUUGGGCAACAACAUUUGUGAUGCUGGUGAUUCUGAUGAGAGACUUCAGAGUCGAUUCCAUCACAUGUCAUCUAACUGAAUACAAGAUAGGAGAAGAGUGCUGUCCUAUGUGUCCUAUUGGCCAUCGAGUCAGAAUAGACUGUACAGAGUUUAAAAGUACAUCUUGUCAGAGAUGUUCUGAUGGGACGUAUAUGGACCUGCCAAACGGACUAAAGAGAUGUAAUCCAUGUUCUACCUGUGAUUCAAGAGCUGGUCUGAAGGAAAAGCGACAAUGUAAACAAUCUGUAGACACAGUUUGUGAACCAAUGGAGGGAUUCUACUGUACAGACUUUAAAUCAGGAAGUUGUGUUGUAGCACAGAAACACAGGAGCUGUGAACCAGGACAUUACAUCAGCAGGAAUGGAACAGCCUCCACAGACACAGAAUGCUCUGAAUGCAGCAGAGGAUCAUUUUCUAAUGGAACAAUGUUGUCAUGUCAGCCUCACACACAAUGUGAAAAAGAAAACCUUCAUCUGAUAAAAGCAGGAACAACUUCAACUGAUGCUGAAUGUGGAGAAAAAAGUUCCAACAUCGCAGGAAUUGUGAUCGGUGUUCUGAUGUUUUUAUUAGUUGCAGCAUCGAUUGGUGGUGGUGUUUUUUUGAAAACUAAAAAAAAUCCAAUACCAAAUAUUUGUAUAAAACGACAAAAAACCCAAAGGGACCAAGAAGAAGGAAAAGAACAGGUAGCCUGUUUAAAUUUACCAGAACCACAAACACACACUCACACACUGAUGGUGGCAAGCUACUAGCUAGUAGCCACAGCCUCCCUGGGGCAGUCUAACAGAAGUGAUGCUACCAAACAUGGACACCACCAGGUCGUCUGAUCAGCACCAGCAGGAAAGAGAGGUGAACUGUCUCGCAGAAGGACACAACGACCAAGGUCGGUGGAGCGGGGCUUAAACCAGCAAUGAUCAGCACCAACUUGCAAGACAGAUGGACUGUCUUGCAAAAGGACACAAUGACAGAGAUGGGUGAAGCGGGGAUUAAAUCAGGAGUGACCAGCACCAAUAGGGAAGACAGGUGGACUGUCUUGCAGAAGAUCACAAUGAAUACUGAUUGCAGGGCGAAGUCCUACCACCAUCAUCAGUAAAUGAAUUACUUCAUGUGAAACCAACCUGAGACAUUUAUACAGUUUUAUAAUGAAACCUGAUGAUCCUGGUCUCAUCAGUGAGAUCCACCAGCUUUUUUUUUUGUUGUUUUUUUUCCCCACCACAGGGUCCUUUUUGUGGGCUCUAGUGUCCCUUAUUCAACAGUAGGCUGACAGGAAAGGGGGAAGACAUGCAGCAAGUAUCGUCGGGUCUGGGAAUCGAACCGGCGACGGCUGCGUCGAGGACUGAAGGCCUCCAAACGUGGGGUGCGCUAACCUCUACGCCACUGGAGCACGCCCCAAGAUCCACCAGCUUUAAGAUCAUUUUAUUCAUAUUCAUAUUCUGCUUCACAGAAACCUGAUAUAAAAUGUUAAUAUUGCUAAUAUGUUUCAGAGUUUAUGAAAACCUAAAAACACCUGAACAAAUAGUAUUACAGUUUAAAAACUGUAAUACUAAACUGCAAAAGAAAAACAAUAAGUUGUUUUUCUUUUGCAGAUAGAAAUGCUCAAGUGAAUAACUGUACAUAAUAAAUUUCAUCUUUUAAAAUACAGUUAUCCAUUUAUUUUCACAAAGACAUUCACCAUAGUGACUGUUGUGGCAAAGUGAUGAAAACAUGAAUUACCAGGGCCAUUCAUUGGUUCAUUUGUUCUGCUCAGUAGAGACUAUAGGUGAUGUAAUUUUAGACAAGAAGUUAAUUUAGAUGCCAGCUGAGAUGAAGAAAACCUUCUGAAACUGGAGUUGUUGCUGUGUUGAAUUUUCUGCUUCUGACUGUAAUAAUAAUAAUAUAAUCAAGCUCUGACUUGAUUUGAUAUCUCUUUGAAGAGCAUAUAUAUAUAUAUAUAAUAUUCAAAAUAAGCAUUUUGAAUAUUUAAACCAAGUUAUAGAUUUAUCUUUAUUUUCUGGCUCAGGUGAAGUGUGCCACCUCUAAGCAACAAACUUAAUAUUUAGUUAGUAACAGCUACAAUGUUUCAGUGGAAGUCAUUAUAAAAACUGAAUUAAAAAAAUCAACAUGACACACUAGUCAUGUUGUUGGCUACUAGUGAAUUAUAGAUUCACUGAGUCUGUGAUUAUAGAUUCUGAUAGUGUUGAUUGUAAUAAACUUGAUGAUAAAAACAUUGUAUUUAUUGAUGACACACAGAUUGUAUGUCCAGUAUGGAGGCUCAAAGGUGCCACCACACUGCAGUCUGCUAUGCAGUCAACAUCAACAGAGUCCAGCACCAACUUUUUUCAGCCCUGCUGUAUUUAUGUUUAAAGUAAUUUUUUGACUGGAAGUUAACAUUUUGGAGCGGACCAGCCAGAGUCCUGUCUUAAAUCUGAUGAGAGCAGUGGCGGUUUCUGAUAUGGGCAACCGCCCAGGGUGGCAUUUUGUAGGGGGCGCCAUAAGCACCGCUUUAGCCCCCGAUGUAAUUAGAAUCCAAGAUGGCUGACAGACACACUUGUUGACCUUUCUUGGAAUAUCCUGUCAGUCCUUCUGUUUUAGGAGGAUCCUAGAAGUAAAAACAUGCUCAUAUGCAGGAAUAUCUAUGUAACAAUAUUAUUAAUUUAGUUUAGAAAAUAUUAUUUCAAAUAGGAAGGAAAUUUAGAUUCAUCAUAUGUCCAACACAUUGGAUGUCAAUCAUUGCUGACUUCCAGAUAUUAUUAUACAAAUUUUUGUUUACUGGUAUUCUAACCAGAAAAUUCAAGUAAAAUGGGGCAAUAACAUUUCUGCUUCCUUUGGUGUGAGUAAUGGUGAGCGUCAGGAUUCACUUCUUUUACCUGCCUUGUUUAACUUGUAAAUGGUUGACCUGUCAAAAGGAAUGAACCUCAGUAAAACUGGAUGUAUAAUUAGUGAUACUUUGAUCAAUCACUUUAUGUACCUCUCACCUAGCAGUUCUGGUUUUCAUCAGUUACUGAAUAUCUGCUCUGAUUAUGGGUUGAGAUUUAAUGUGCAGUAAAAUGCUAAGAAAACUGUUGCACUGGUAUGUCGGACUAAAGCAGAGAAACAACUAAAACUAAAUAUCUGGGUCAGUACAUCACAGAGCAGCUCUGUGAUGAUGAUGAUAUUUAUCAGCAGUGUUUCUUGUUGUUCGCCCAGGCAAACAUUCUGGGGAGGAAAUCUCAUAUGUGCACUGAUGAGGUAGAAAUAAACCUGUUUAAUGUUUACUGUACAUUCUUGUAUACAGCUCCUUUGUGGUGUAAAUUUUAAAAAGCUAGCAUACAGAAGCUUAAGGUUGCUUAUAAUGACUGCCAGGUUCAACCUUAAUAAAAGAAAGAAGAGGAAGACAAUUGAUAUAAAUUUUACACUCUAGUGGAGAGUGAGGCCAAAGACAUCCCCAUCUUAGUCUUUGAACUCACACUCUAAAGUUUCUUUUCCCGCUCUGACUUUUAUUUUCCUGAGGACAGUCCCUAGCUUACAGUGAUUGUUUCCUAGGUUACAGUGUGUUACAGCUUGUUUAUACAGGGGAGGGGAAAAACAAAAUACCCAGCGGCAAAACACACAAUCAAUCCACCAUCUGUUCUAGACAUUGAAGUGUCUCUCAGUAUGUAGCUGAUUCCUCAAGCGUGGGUCCCAUGACCCAACGGUUAACAAUUCUUACUUCCUCUAGUUAGUCAACCUGUGGUCACUCUGCCUCCAGGCUGCUUCUAAUUUGACACACUUCCUGCUGAUAACAUCACUGAAAGGCACACACAUUUUCAGAGUGGACAUAGAUUCUCACAGUCCUAAGUAUUUAUAUUUGUAAUUAACAUAAAAUGUGACUCUGAGAAUUCGGCUUAAGGAUCCCAGGUUCAGCAGUGAAAGUGAAAUGUUUUGUAACGCACAUGUCAGAACAUGCCAGGCACUUGUGAGAAAUUUGAUAUACAGGUUUAUGUGUCACUUCAGCAGCUCAUUGAACAGUCUUAUUGUAAUGUUUUCACUUCCCUCUCAGUGUGCUACGAUACCAGUCGGCUCUGUGUAAAUAUUGGUAUGCAAGUCUUA